ACAAGAUAACAAUAAUAUACACCAAAACAAUUCGAUAACACAUUAAUUUCGCGCCAUACACUAUUAACAUAAUUCUAAAUUGAGUUGGUUCCAUUUAACAUUGCCAUCUCUAGCAGAAAUGUUAACCGGCCCUGCGCUGUUAAGCGCAUUUUAAACGCAUUUCGAGAUUUUCACCAGUUACCGCAAACAGUCACACUGCUUAGCUCUUUUUUUGAUGUCGUCGAGGGUCUAAGAGCGAACUGGCUUUUCGUUUUGUAAUUUUUUAUAUUAAGAAAGCGGUUUAUAAACAACGUUGAAAACAUGGCCACGGCUGAAACUCAAGUCAGUGUGAAUACAAAUUUGCAAAAGCAGGAUCUUAGCAAUUUGGAAAUUAGCAAUCUUACACCUCUCUCGCCUGAGGUCAUCUCCCGUCAGGCCACCAUCAACAUUGGAACAAUCGGUCAUGUAGCCCACGGUAAAUCUACGGUGGUUAAGGCCAUUUCUGGCGUCCAGACCGUUCGAUUCAAAAAUGAAUUGGAACGCAACAUUACGAUUAAACUCGAACGCUUAAGCGAAAAGAAAAUCCAAAAACUUUUGCUAUCCAAACAGCAGCGAGAAAUCUAUGAGCUUAAGCAGCGAGAGAGACUUAUGGACUUGAAGUUUAAAACAAAGACAAGGAGGAGCAUGCGCCUUAUGGAGCAGGUGGAAUUGGACAGAUCACGAGAUCGUCGCAGUCGGAGUCAGAGUUCUACAAGUCCAUGUAGCAGUGGCUAUGGCAGCGUAUUGGGCUCCGAUGAUCAGCAGGAACAACAUCAGGUAUCUAAAUCACUGAAGAGACGACGUAGCCAAAUAGAGUCAUCUUCAACCCCUCCACCAUCGGCAAAGCGAGCUAAGGACAAUGUUGGCCUGGUAGUUCCAAAACAGAAGCCACCCAAGGGCGAAUACGUCGUGGAGUAUAUUGAAUCGGUUGAGGUGAAGCGUUAUGAGCCCGUUUUCUAUGUGAAAUGGUUGGGCUAUGACAAGAGUAGCAACACCUGGGAAACUUUGGAAAAUCUGACUAAUUGUAAGGCUUUGGACGAAUUUGUGGAAAGCAAAUUGAAAUUUUAUGAAAAGUAUGUUACUCAAGUAUUGGAGGAAUUGGAGGAGCAGUUGAAAACGCUAGAAAAUAAGGAGAAUUUUACCAUAAGGCAAAUAGAUGGAUUUGAACCAAUGAAACUGCAAUUGGAUCUUAUAUUGCUGGCUCAAUAUCGGGCAUCGGGUAGUCGUAGCCUUGUGGAACGUGCACGCAUCACCGAAAGAGCUCUGUCAUUGAUGCGAUUGAAGAACUCUCAUAGCCAAAGAUGUCAGCAACUGAUUGAAUUGGCCAAGUUUGAGGAGCGCAUAAAUAAAGUGGAGGAACCAUCGCCACCGAUUCGUGUGGAAAACCAUGUAGAUCUAGAUACUAUUGAUUCGGGUUUUAACUACAUAAAGAAUAACAUUUUGUGUGCGAGCAUACCAAACCCGGAAGGAGGGCUCUUGGGUUGCAAAUGCCAUGAUGAUGGGUCAGACGAGGCAGCAGAGUGUACUCCGUCUAGUCGCUGCUGUGGCCGGUUGGCGGGUGAACGAUUUGCCUACGAUCGGGCCACAAAACGAUUGCGCCUGCAACCUGGCCAUGCCAUCUAUGAGUGCAACAGUCGUUGUUCCUGCGACUCGUCGUGCUCGAAUCGACUGAUCCAACACGGACGCAAGCAUGAAUUGGUUCUCUUCAAGACCAGCAACGGCAGUGGCUGGGGUGUACGCACUCCACAUGCAUUGCGCAAAGGUGAAUUUAUCUGCGAAUAUAUUGGCGAAAUUAUAACCAGUGAUGAGGCCAACGAAAGGGGAAAGAUCUACGACGAUCGCGGUCGCACAUAUCUCUUCGAUUUGGAUUACAAUGUGGCCCAGGAGAGCGAGUAUACCAUCGAUGCGGCCAAUUAUGGCAAUAUUUCGCACUUUAUCAAUCAUUCGUGUGAUCCCAAUUUGGCCGUAUUCCCCUGCUGGAUCGAGCACUUGAAUGUUGCCCUGCCACGUUUGGUUUUCUUCACACUGCGUCCCAUUAAGGCUGGCGAGGAACUCAGCUUUGACUAUAUUCGUGCGGACAAUGAGGAGAUUCCCUAUGAGAACCUAUCGAAGGCCGCGCGUGUCGAAUGCCGUUGUGGCGCUGACAAUUGUCGAAAGGUUUUAUUUUAAGUUUUAAAUUACAAAAAUUUCCUUAUUCUUAUUAUUAAUAUCUUUUUUUUUUUAUAUUUGAUUAUGUUGAAAUAAUUGACUUUGAUUGUUUUGUAAUUUACUUUUAAACGUUUACUUAAUACAUUUUAUUGCACUGCCAGAAAAUGCAACACACAAAUGGCCAACACUCGAUGAAGUUAUUCAUCAUCAGCCUGACAUUAUGUUUUAUUAAUUAAUUUUUUUUUUUCCUGUAUUAUCAAUAUUAUAAUUAUUAUACUAUAUAUAAAAUUGAACCUUUUACCAUUGUAUGAAUUGUUAAAUAAGCAUUAUAGUAUUAUAAACAUUUCAACAAUAAAAUCGGCAAUAAAUUAG